AUCCCCCCCCCCACCCAAUCGCCCUGAAACGGCAGCGUUUAACAAGAGACGCAGCUUAGAAAAACGCAGCGUUUUAGUUCAGACACCAGGAUCCGACCCGAAAUGACCUGACCCGGCGGUUUCCCUCCAAGUGUGUGUGGGUGUCGAAGUGCCACUGCCAGGCUGUGUUGUCUUCUGUGUUCAAGUUGGCGGUUGGUGGCUCCACGUCCCUCCGAAUGACUUUCCAUUUCGGUCAACCUUUUAGCCCUUUGUUCAUCGUCUUCGUCUUCUUCCUUCUCUCGAUCGGAAAACCGACCAACACUUUUUUUUGUUGUUGUUCAAGAACCUAAGUAACGUAACUAGAAAUCGAGUUCUCUGGUGGGUUCUUCCAUGGAAGACGAAGAUGUGUCUCUUACAUGACUUGUUCUCUGCUCACGAAGAAGGUUGAGUAGUGGUGCCGUUGAGCUCUCCAGCUAGAAUAAGAAACUAGGGUUUUUACUUAUUGCUGCUUUUCCCCGGAAUUCAGGUGGGCAGAUGGCCGGAAGUUUGGACGGAAGCCAAUCCGAUGACAGCCCUCGUUCCGAGAGUGGAGGGGAGGACGUAUACGAAGCCUUUCUUUGCCCGUUGACGAAGAAGGUUAUGGAUGAUCCCGUCACGUUGGAGAAUGGCCGUACAUUCGAGCGUGAAGCCAUCGAGAAAUGGUUCGACGAAUGUCGAGAAAAAGGGCAUCCUCCUUCAUGCCCUGUAACUUUGCAGGAACUGAACACAAUGGAUAUAACCCCAAGUAUAGCUCUACGUAACAUCAUCCAAGAGUGGAGAUCUAGGAAUGAAGCUGUUAAGCUCGAUAUGGCCCGUCAAUCACUAUAUCUCGGAAAUGAAGAGGCCGAUAUUUUGCAGGCUUUGAAGCAUGUGCAAGAAAUUGGCGGGAACUGCAGAUCAUAUAAGCACGGUAUGCGCGAUUCUCAACUUACCCGCAUGAUCAUCGACAUGUUAAGAAGUAAUAGUCACAGAGUUCGGUAUAAGGCUUUACAAACCCUUCAAGUUGUCGUUGAAGGAGAUGAUGAGAGCAAGGCAAUAGUAGCUGAAGGGGACACUGUCCGGACAAUAGUUAAGUUCUUAUCGUAUGAGCCUUCGAAGGGGAAGGAGGCGGCUGUUUGCUUGUUGUUUGAGCUCUCCAAAUCGGAAGCAUUGUGCGAAAAGAUCGGUUCAACCCGUGGAGCAAUUCUGUUAUUAGUUGGAAUGGCGAGCAGCCAAUCAGAAAACAUUACGACCGUUGAAAAAGCCGAUAGAACCUUGGAAAACUUGGCGAGGUCCAAGGAAAAUGUAAUGCAGAUGGCUAUAAAUGGUAGAUCACAGCCCCUUCUAGCAAAACUCGUCGAAGGUUCACCUGAAACGAAACUCUCAAUGGCUUCCUUACUCGGGGAGCUCGCCUUAAACAACGAAGUGAAAGUUCUCGUGGCACAAACUGCGGGAUCGUCUCUUAUCAACCUCAUGAAAAGCCAGGAGUUGCCACGGCGGGAAGCUGCUUUGAGAGCUCUUAACAAAAUAUCUUCGUUCGAAGGAAGUGCCAAGAUCUUGAUCGAGACGGGAAUCCUCCCUCCGCUUAUCAAAGAUCUCUUCUUAGUAGGGCCUAACAGCCUUCCGAUCCAUCUAAAAGAAGUCUCGGCCACUAUCCUCGCCAAUAUAGUGAACACGUGUUACGACUUUGACAAAGUCCCCUUCGGGUCUGACCAUCCAAAAACUCUUGUUUCGGAAGACAUGGUGAAGAACCUGCUCUACCUGGUCAGCUACACUGGUCCAGCUAUCCAAUGGAAGCUAUUGGAAGUUCUUGUCGGGCUCACCAGUUCUCCGACCACGGUUCUAAACGUUGUCUCGACGAUUAGAACUUCCGGUGCCAUUAUCAGUUUGGUUCAGUUUAUAGAAGUUCGUGAGAACACUGAUUUACGUCUUGCUUCCUUAAAGCUUCUUCACAACCUCUCCCCACACAUGAGUGAAGAACUGGCAAAUGCCUUGCGUGGAACCAUUGGGCAGCUUGGGAAUCUCGUUUCGAUCAUAUCGGAGAAUACAUCGAUCACAGAAGAGCAGGCUGAAGCUGCUGGGCUUUUAGCCGGACUCCCGGAGAGGGAUCUUGGUCUGACACAACAAAUGUUAGGAGAAGGUGCUUUCGAGAAGAUUAUACACAAGGUUGUCGGGAUUCGCCAAGGUGAAAUCACGGGAGUCCGAUUCGAGAAAACAUUUCUCGAAGGGCUGGUCCGUAUUCUUGCUAGGGUUACCUUUGUCUUUGCUGAGGAGCCGAGGGUCAUCUCGUUCUCCCGUGAGAACAACCUCGCUUCCAUCUUCGUUUAUCUGCUUCAAUCCAGCGGGCAAGACACCAUUCAGAUGGUUUCUGCCAUGGCAUUGGAGAAUCUCUCGUCAGAAUCCACGAGACUAACAAGAAUACCCGAGAUUCCUGCCCCGAGUUUCUGUGCAUCGAUCCUCUCGUGUGUGAGCAAACCGCCUAUUGUAUUGGGAAUGUGCUGUAUCCAUCGGGGAAUCUGUUCACUGAGAGAGAGUUUCUGCCUUGUGGAAGGGCAAGCAGUUGAUAAACUCGUGGCCCUUCUCGAGCACAAGAACGAGAAGGUGGUUGAAGCGGCACUAGCGGCAUUGUGUACGUUGUUAGAAGACGGGUUAGAAAUCGAGAAAGGGGUGAGAGUAUUGGAGGAGGCUAACGGGAUAUGGCCCAUACUGAACGUUCUGCUCGAGAACGGAACGGGGGGUCUGAGGAGGAAAUCCGUGUGGGCGGUGGAAAGGAUCUUGCGGGUUGAGGAGAUCGCCCGGGAGGUAGCGGAAGGGCAGAAUGUGAGCGCUGCCCUCGUGGACGCGUUCCAGAACGCGGAUUAUACGACGAAGCAGAUAGCCGAAAACGCCUUGAGGCACAUCGAUCGGAUCCCGAAUUUCUCCGGUAUAUUCUCUAACUCAGGAUGAAGAAUCUUGGAUCUUGAAUCCUUGAGGGUGAGAGUUUCGGACAAGUUUGGUUUGUUGGUUUACUUGGCUUUGGUCAGAUAGCAUUCAAAGUUUUUUAAAGUAAUUGAGUUGAUUUGUUACAUUUGCAUUGCCUGUAUAUAUAUGUGCGCGCGUGCGCGCGUGAGAAGAUGGUGUAGUUAAUGUUCGAUUUGGACAUGUCUAAUAGCCUGAUGGGCCUACUGUCCAAAUCAGUUUACCGUGUACAA